AGUCUGGCUCAAGACCAGGCUAACGGACGAGUUACGUUGCAGGACACAGUCGUCUCUCGCAGACCAGACGAUGGCGAAACCUGGGUACGUCAAGCCGGAGCCCACGGGCCUUGCCGCGGGCUUGAACAAGGGCUUUAUCACCACCCGUAGGACGUUGAAGGCCAAGCCGUCCUACCGCAUCGGAAGGAAGUCCCAGCGCGGCGCGCUGAUCAAGGAGGUGGUGCGCGAGGUGGCGGGCUUCGCGCCCUACGAGCGCCGCAUGAUCGAGCUGCUGAGGGUCGGCUCCGCAGCCACGCUGAAGCGGGCCCUGAAGGUGGCCAAGAAGCGCCUGGGCACGCACAAGCGUGGCAAGAAGAAGAGGGACGAGAUGGCGGAGGCGCUGGCGGCGCUGCGCAAGAAGGGCGCGUGAGAGCCCGGCGCCCGGGCGCAAGGAUGAGGCGCGGAGAGGCCUCUGCGCCGCCCCGCGCUGGGCGGCAGGCAAAAGAACGCGUGCGCCUCGCCCGCUGCGCGGAGGGCGGCCCUGGCCGGGUGGGCCCACCGUUCCACAUCCCCUUCUCCUCCUCCUCUUCCCCCUCGCCUGCCCCUGCUCUUGGCCCUGCCGCUCCACCUGCUCGCACCCUCCCAGCUCCGCGAGCUGCGGCGAGGCGUCCUGGCGUGCCCAUAGAGCCCCACCAGGCGCAGUGCUCGAUCGAAGAAGGAGGAAC